AUGCAUUUCAAGAAGCUGGCCACGUCGGCUCUGGCCCUGACCACUGGCGUCUGGGCUCAAAGCCAGGCUGGUGUCGAGGAUCUUGAUGCCCCUGGUAACGACCUCUACGAAAAAGACCUGUCUGCAUGUCCAGGAUACAAAGCGACAAAGCAGUGGGAGACUCGGUCUGGUUUCUACGCAGAGCUAUCCCUUGCAGGACCAGCAUGCAAUGUGUUCGGAACGGAUCUGCCCGACCUAAAAUUGGAAGUAGAAUACCAGACCAGUGAUCGCCUCCACGUCAAAAUAUUGGACACCAACAACACUGUCUACCAAGUGCCCGACAGUGUCUUCCCGCGUCCCGGAUAUGGUCAAUGGUGCUCACCCAAGAACGCCAAGCUCAAGUUCGAUUUCAAGGCUGACCCCUUUUCCUUCACCGUAUCUCGCACUGAUACCGGAGAGGUGCUAUUCGAUACCACUGGCAACAAGCUAGUGUUCGAGAGUCAAUAUGUCUACCUCAAGACCCAUCUCCCACAGAACCCGCAUCUUUAUGGAUUGGGCGAGCACAGCGACGCGUUCAUGUUGAACGCGACUAAUUACACUCGAACGAUCUACACCCGCGAUGCCUACGGUACACCUCAGGGCGAGAACCUGUACGGUGCCCACCCAAUCUACUUCGAUCACCGAAAGGAGGGUACUCACGGAGUGUUCCUGCUCAACUCCAACGGUAUGGACAUCUUUAUCGACAACAAGGGUGGCCAGUACCUCGAGUACAACAUCAUCGGCGGUGUUCUGGACUUCUACUUCAUUGCCGGUCCCUCUCCUCGUGAUGUGGCUAUGCAAUACGCCGAAAUCACCCAGUUGCCAUUGAUGACUCCUUACUGGGGACUCGGAUAUCACCAAUGUAAAUAUGGUUACCAAGAUGUUUACGAGGUCGCCGCAGUCACUGCCAAUUAUUCCUCCAGCAAUAUUCCUCUGGAGACUAUCUGGACGGAUAUUGACUAUAUGGACCGCCGUCGCAUUUUCACCAUUGACCCGGAAAGAUUCCCUGCCAAUUUGUACAAGGACCUGGUGGACACCAUUCACGCAAGAGAUCAGCACUACAUCGUGAUGGUUGAUCCCGCCGUCUUCUACAAGGAAUCCAACCCCGCGCUUGAUGCCGGUCUCAAAUACGAUGCCUUUAUGAAGGAAAAGAACGGUUCCGAAUACCAGGGAGUCGUUUGGGCAGGACCCAGCUACUUCCCUGACUGGUUCCACCCCUCGGCGCAGGAGUACUGGACCGAGCAAUUUGUAGAGUUCUUCGACGGAACGAAUGGCCCAGACAUCGAUGCUUUGUGGAUCGACAUGAACGAGCCGGCCAACUUCUACAACCGCCCAUACCCAGGCAACAACACCACCCCGGAGAAGUUCGCCGAGGUGGAUGGUGAUCCCCCAAAGCCGCCACCGGUCCGCGAUGGCCCAGAUGCCCCCAUCCCCGGUUUCCCAGACAGCCUUCAGCCGAACUUUGCUUCCGGCAACAAGAACCAGAAGCGUGCCGAAUCUGUGGCCCAAAAGCGUCAACCCCAAUCUCACUCGCGUCGUAACCUCGGUGCUGGCCACUGGCGCUCCGCCAGGUCCCCCGACGCUUCAUCAAAGGCCGGCUGGCAGCACGGUGGGAAAACUGGAUCUGGAUGUGGACCUGACGAGUGCAAGGGUCUUCCCAAUCGCGUUUUCAUCCGACCUCCUUUCAUGAUCCAGAAUGGCGCUGGACCUACACUCGCAGACAGUACCGCCGAUACCGACCUCGUGCAGAGCGGCGGAUACGUUCAAUAUGAUACUCACAAUCUGUACGGUGCUAUGAUGUCCUCGCAUUCUCACAAUGCCAUGCGUGCCAGACGUCCGGAUGAUCGCGCCUUGGUCAUUACCAGAAGCACUUUCGCUGGCUCUGGAAAGGACGUGUCCCACUGGCUUGGAGAUAACAUUUCUGGGUGGCUCUGGUACCGUCUUUCCAUCAGUCAGAUUUUGCAAUUUGCAUCUCUGUACCAAGUCCCUGUCGUGGGUCCUGAUGUUUGCGGAUUUGGUGGUAAUGUCACGGAGACGCUCUGUGCCAGAUGGGCAUCUCUUGGUUCUUUCUACACCUUCUUCCGCAACCAUGCCGAAAUCUCUGCGGAUCCUCAGGAAUUUUACCGCUGGCCGACAGUCGCGGAGGCUGCGCGCAAAGGAAUCGCUAUCAGGUACCAGCUUCUCGACUAUAUCUACACAGCCAUCUAUAAGCAGAACCAGACCGGCACUCCAACCCUCAACCCUCUGUUCUUUAACUACCCAAGUGAUCCCAACACUUACCCCAUUGACCUUCAAUUCUUCUACGGUGACGGCAUUCUCGUCAGCCCUGUCACAGAGGAAAACAGCACAUCCCUGAGCUACUACCUCCCCGAUGACAUCUUCUACGAGUGGGGGACUGGCAAGCCCGUCCGCGGACACGGCGAGUACCUCUCUGCUGAGGUCGACUACACCGACAUCACAGUCCACUACAAGGGUGGCAUCGUCUACCCCCAGCGUAUCGAGAGCGCCAACACCACCACCGCCCUGCGCAAGAAGGGCUUCAACAUCGUGAUUGCCCCUGGUCUCGAUGGUCGUGCCGAGGGUUCGCUCUACCUCGAUGACGGCAAGUCUGUUGUGCAGGAUGCCGUGUCUGAGAUUGAUUUUAGCUACGCGCAUGGCAAGCUCAGCAUGACUGGCUCGUUUGAAUAUGAGGCUGGCGUUUCUAUUGAGGCGGUUACCGUUUUUGGUGUGGACAAGAAGCCAAAGAAUCUCGAUGAUGCCGAAUACGAUGCUGAGAAUAAGAAGCUUGUGGUUCAUGUUGAUGUGCCGCUCAGCGAACGGGCUUCUAUCAAGGUUGCAUGA